AUGGCCAACAAGCGAAUUCAGCCAACGAGUAGGGUUUACGACCAUAGCUUUAGCUCAGAUACUGACUCAGACGGUGACCAAGCUAGAGGCAGGCCUGCCAGGUCGUUCUAUCCGCUAGAGGAUCUACAGUCGAUCAUGAGCGACCGGGACAGCGUGAAGAACUCUGGCAGCGUGUCCGCGUCGGGGUCAGGGGGCGGCGGCGGCGGCGGCGGCGGCGGCGGCGGGGCCGACUCCUGCGACUCGUACAUGUCGCCGAAGCAGAGCGGCCACGGGGGCGCACGCAAUCGAACGCGCAACAACAUCUCGCUCGGGCCCGCGCGGAAUCAGGGCAUCCAGACGCAGACGCGCUCCAACGAACAGCAGACGCAGACGCGGUCGAACGAACAGCAGACGCAGACGCGGUCGAACGAACAGCAGACGCAGACGACACCGGCCAACGCGGCCGACAGUGGUGAGAAUCUGAGAGAAGUGUGA